GCCCCGCCCGCCGUGCCUCGCCGUCCGGGCCCCCGGAAACGCCGCCCGCGCUCCGCCGGUGCCGGCCAUGGAGGAGGAGGAGGAGGAGAAGGCGGUGGCCUGGAUAGACCAGGCCCUCGAAGUGGCUAAAGAGGCGCUGGAGAAGGGUGAGGUUCCCGUCGGCUGCCUCUUGGUGUACAACGGCGAGGUCGUAGGGAGGGGCAGCAACGAGGUUAACGAGACGAAGAACGCUACUCGACAUGCUGAAAUGGUGGCAAUCGAUCAGGUCCUUGACUGGUGCAAGCAACACAACAGAGAUUAUACAGAAGUGUUUGCACACUCAGUAUUGUAUGUAACCGUAGAGCCUUGUAUCAUGUGUGCAGCUGCCGUGCGCUUGAUGAAAAUUCCACGGGUCGUAUAUGGCUGUCGAAAUGAGCGAUUUGGAGGCUGUGGCUCAGUUUUGAGCAUCUCAUCUGAUGAUAUGGUGGACACAGGAGAACCAUUUGAAUGCGUUUCUGGCUAUCGUGCCAAAGAAGCAGUGGAACUGUUAAAAGCUUUCUACAGACAAGAAAAUCCCAAUGCACCAAAAUCAAAAGUACGGAAGAAGGACCGUCGUAAUUAGCCCUGCGCUGAUGUGAGACAGAAACUUACCAAGAAAUGAUACGUGAAGGCUUCUUCAGUGUACUUUUUUUAAAAUGUGCAGUCCAGUUAAACAAUGUCUAAUGUUCUGUACAGAGUUUUUACCAGCAGGAUACUUGCCACCUGUUCUGUGUUUCUAUGAGUGUGAUUUCUUGUUAUCAUACACGACCAAGCUGAAGAAUAAGCGGUUGUUUUUAGAAAGGGGAAAACUUGUGGUUCGAGUUCACUUGUUUACAGCCAGAUGGAUCCAUUAAAAUCAUACCCUUCUGUACAGCA